UUUAAAUUUAAAGUUUUUGGGUCAUCCUUAUUAUUGAAUUUCUUGAAGAUAUUAAUUUUUUUUUCAAAUCAAAAGAAGAAAAAGAAGAACAAAAAUGUCUGGAGCUUGGAGUCAAUUAGAACAGCUCCUAACCUGUGCAAUUUGUUUGGAUCGUUUUCGUAAUCCAAAAUUAUUACCAUGUCAACAUACAUUUUGUGGCGAACCUUGUAUGGAAGGUUUAGUCGAUUAUGCACGAAGGCAGAUAAAAUGUCCAGAAUGUCGUGCCGAACAUCGCAUUCCAUACAAUGGUGUACAAUCAUUUCCGAAUAAUGUUACAUUAACAAGAUUUUUAGAUCUACAUCGUAGUAUAACCGGUGAAGAACCAGAACCAUUACCAUCACAAAUGGAUCGUUGUGGUGUUUGUGGUGAAAAAUCACAUUGUAUGUUAUGUGCACAUUGUUCGAAAAAAGUUUGUGAUGAAUGUCAUCAAGCACAUUUGGAUAUAUUACGUAGAGAAAUUAAUCGUAUUAAUAGUCAAAUAAGACGUGGUUUGGAUAAACUAAAUGAACAUGUCGAACAAUCGGAUAAAGGUAAUGAAAAAUUAUUAACAAUAACAACACAAAUACGUGAUGAAAUUACUGAAUCAGUACGACGAUUAAUUAAAGAUUUAAAAGAUCGUGAAACAAAAUUAUUAGAAGAAUUGGAUGAAUUUUUAAUUAAUGAAACAAAAAAUUGUGUAAAACUUAAAGAAGAUUUUGAAAUUGAAUUAGCAACAAUAACAAGUAAUAGUGAUAUGGCUGAUGAAAAUAUUAUCGAUACAUAUGAAUGGACUGAUAAUGAAUUAAUGGAAUUUAAAGAUAUUUUUAUGAAAACAUUAGAUUUUCUAAGAAAUUUAGAUACAGAUUCAAUGGAUUAUUCAAGAAAAAUUAAAUAUAUACAAAAAGUUGAUCUUGAUAAUAUUAGACGUAAUGUUUCGGAUUUUGGUGAAAUACGUAUCCAACAACCAUUAUCAUCAUCAUCAUCAUCAACAACAGGAAAUUAUUUAUCACCAUUAUCACCAGCUGAUAGUAUGAGUAAUUUAUCAUUACCACAAAGUUCAUUGAUGAGAAGUCAAAGUGAUCAUCGUUUAGCUCAAUUUGGUAAUCCAUCAUCACCAUCAUCAACAACAAGAACAUCAACACAAAGAUCAGAUCAAUUACAACGUAGUUAUUUAGAUAUAACUGGUGGAUCAAAUAAAUAUGGUGGAGGUAGUGAUUCUGAACGUGAACGUUGUACAAGUCCAACAAGUGGUCGUCGUAUUGAAGGUUCAGUAAGAUUUGGUUCAGUACAUGAACGUAGUUCAACUGCACGUAAUAAUAAUGAUUUUGGUUAUACACGUGGUUGGCAAAGACCCGGUGAUCAAGAUUAUGAACCAUCAAAUUCGGCAAAUUUUCGUUCACGUUUUAUGCGUGAAAGAAUAAGAGAACGUACUGGUGGUAUUGGUGAUGAUCAUAAUUUAGAUGAUCAUGAUUCAUCGGAUAUAUUAUCUGGACAUCGUGUACGAUUUCAAGAAGAAUCAUCAUCAACAACAUCGACAACAGCAACAGCAGCAACUAAAUCAAAAUUAUUUGAUACAGAAGAAAUGAUCAAUAUGCGUACACCAUUAAGUGGUUUGAUAAAAUUAUUGGAUUCACCACAUCUAAUGGAACGUUUACAUCAAAAUGAAAUAAAAGCUAAACAAAAAGCUGCCGAACAAAAAGAAAAUGAAACAUCAUCAUCAUCAACAGCAAAUAAUAUCACACCGGUAAUAUCAAAUCCUAUAACGCCAACACCAACACCAGUACAUAGACCUGCUACAAGACAAAUGAGUGAAGAUGAAAUUGAAAAACAAAAGAAACAAAAUCAAGCUGCAUUUACACAACAACAACAACCGAUAAUAACAACUGCUAAUAAUAUGACGACGACGACAACAACAACAACUACCACAACUAAUCGUUCACCAUUAUUAUCGGAUUCAAAUAACAAUUCAUCAAAUGUAACAACAUCGUUACAAAAUCGUCGAAUUCAAUCAUUACAACAAGAAGAUAAACGAUCACCAUCAAUUUCGGAUGAUAAUUCGGAUAUAGAUUUAUUAAAUUAUGAUGAUGAUGAUGAUAAUAAUAAUAAUGUGACCAAAACUACAAAGUCGACGACAAUGACAACAGCAACAAGACCAUCAACAACAACAACAAAUAGUACAGUACGUCGUCGUAUUUAUGCAUCAUCCGGUAGCGGUGGCAGUGGUAAUCAAUCAACAAAUAAUUUUUCAAAAAGUAUUGAAUAUCCAGGAGAAUCAUCAACAACAACAGCUCGUAAUAAAUAUUCACCAUCAUCAUAUGCGGGAAACAUUAAUAAUAAUAAUAAUAAUAACAGCAUUCAUCAUACACAGGCUCAAAUUUCAUCAUCAUCAUCAUCAUUAUUAAAUAAUAAUAAUAAUAAUAAUACCUAUGCUCAUUAUCGUUCUAAUCGUAAAAUAUCAAGAGAUGAAGAUGAUUUAACACCAACAACAACAACAACAUAUUCUAGUCCAUUAAGUCGUCGUAAUAGUGUAAAUCGUCGAAAUUAUCAUUAUAAUGAUGAUGUAAUCACAAAUAAUAUAAAUGAAUCGGAAACUUAUCGUCGAUCAAGUAUUCAUCAUCAACCAGUGAAUGAUCGUUAUGGUGGUGGUUCAUUAUCUACAUCAAGUAGCUAUCUACGAAAUCGUUUAGCUAAAAGUAAAAGUUCACAUGCAGUUGCUUAUGAUGAUAGUGAUGAAGAAAGUAAUAAUAGUGGUAUUGGAAAUCCAUUAUCACCAUCGGCAAGUGCUAUUGGUGGUUUUAAAAGUCGUUUUAUGAAUUAUGGAUCAUCCAAUAAUAAUAAUAACAGCAAUUUGGAAACUAAUUCUGAUCGUUUGACUUCGGCAAGACGUACUUCAAGAUCUGGUUAUACAUAUCGAACCAGAGAACCUAGUCCAGAAGAAGAAAGUGCUGGUUCAGUUACACAAUAUUUAAUAAAUAAAUAUGGUACAAGAAAUAAUCGUCCAUCAGUAUUAAGUAAAAGUAAAAGUUCACAUGCUAUAUUUGGUAGAAGUUUAUCAAGUUCGGAUGAAGAUUUACCGGCUAAUGUUACUACGACAAAAUAUCGUCGUGAUUCUUCAUCGACAACAGAUUAUACACCAUAUAAAUCAUCAUCAAUCGGUCUAUCAUAUCCACGACAAAUGUAUCAACAGAAGAAACGUAUGAUGAUGAAAAUAGGUUCACGAGGAACAAAUCCAAGCUGUUUUACAUGGCCAAGAGGAGUGGCUUGUGGUCCGGAUAAUGGAAUUGUUGUUGCCGAUUCGUCUAAUCAUCGGGUCCAGGUUUUCGAUUCGACUGGAAGAUUUCAAUUUGAAUUCGGCUCAUAUGGUAGUGGUGAAGGUGAAUUCGAUUGUCUGGCUGGUGUAACUGUAAAUCGUAUUGGCCAUUUUAUCGUAUCCGAUCGUUAUAAUCAUCGUGUUCAAGUUUUUGAUGCAAGUGGUCGAUUUCUACGAACAUUCGGCAAUGAAGGCCGAUCGGAUGGAAAAUUUAGUUAUCCAUGGGGUAUAGCCACUGAUGCACUUGGAUUUAUUUAUGUUUGUGACAAAGAAAAUCAUCGGAUUCAAGUAUUUCAAUCUGAUGGAACUUUUGUGGGUAAAUUUGGAUCGAUUGGUAGUCGAGCUGGAAUGUUGGAACAUCCACAUUAUAUUGCUGUCAGUAAUACGAAUCGAAUCGUUGUCAGUGAUAGUAAUAAUCAUCGUAUUCAAAUCUUUGAUAUAAAUGGACGAUCUACUUCAACAUUUGGAAGUGAAGGAUCUGGUGAUGGACAAUUCAAAUUUCCACGUGGUGUUGCUGUUGAUGAAAAUGGUUUUAUAAUUGUUGGCGAUUCGGGUAAUAAUCGUAUACAAAUAUUCAAUCCGGAUGGAACAUUUCUUAAGACUUUUGGUCAAUGGGGUUCAGGUGAAGGAGAAUUUAAAGGAUUGGAAGGUGUUGCCAUUUCUUCUACUGGUAAUAUUUUGGUUUGCGAUCGUGAAAAUCAUCGAAUUCAAGUGUUUUGAACAUUUUGAACAAUUUCAUUUCAUUGGCUUGUAAUCAUUUCUUCAACAGAACAACAAAAAAAAAAACUUUAAUUCAGCUGAGAACCAAUUUGUAUGCUCAUCAUUCAUAUUUUUAGUU